AUGGAGCCAAGGGCGGCCCGAUCGCGGAAGGGAGAAGGGCCGAGAGGAGAGCAAGAGCGCCGACGCUCCGGAGGUGGAAACAUUGAGAAGGACAGAGGCCUGGACUUGGUGCAAUGGACCCGACAUAUGGAGGCUGUGAAGACACAGUUGCUGGAGCAAGCACAGGGACAGCUGAUAGAGCUGCUGGAUCGGGCCGUGCAGGAAGCCAUCCAAUGCUACCCACAACAAGGCGGACCCCUGUCCUCCAUUCCUCCAGAUUCCUUGAGCAAGGCCCGGGAGCCAUCCCUGGGGAAGCGGAAAAUUUUCAUCAUCCGAAAGUCCCUGCUUGACGAGCUGAUGGAAGUACAGCAUUUCCGCACCAUCUACCACAUGUUCAUCAGAGGGCUCUGUAUCGGGCCACACAUUUGUCUACCUUGUCUCUUCCUCUCUACUCCAAGGCUGAUGAUGGAGUUUGACCUACUGAUCUUCAGCUUUGGACAGCUGCCCUUGGCGCUGAUGACGUGGGUCCCCAUGUUCCUGUCCACUCUGCUGGUGCCCUACCAGGCCCUGAGGCUGUGGGCGAGGCCCCGGGCAAGAGGGGCCUGGAUGCUGGGGGUGGGCCUGGGCUGCAUGAUGCUGGCUGUCCACACCACCGUGCUCUGGGUCCUCCCCGUCCACGUGGCGUUGAAGUAUCAGCUUCCGCCUGCCUCCCGCUGUAUCCUGGUCUUUGAGCAGGUCAGGCUCCUGAUGAAGAGCUACUCCUUCUUGAGAGAGGCUGUGCCUGGAACCCUUUGUGCCAGAGGAGGUGAGGGCAUGCGGGCCCCCAGUUUCUCCAGCUACCUCUACUUCCUCUUCUGCCCCACACUAAUCUACAGGGAGACUUACCCCAGGACACCCAACGUCAGGUGGAAUUACGUGGCCAAGAACUUUGCCCAGGCUCUGGGCUGCGUACUCUAUGCCUGCUUCAUCCUGGGCCGCCUCUGCGUUCCCGUCUUUGCCAACAUGAGCCGGGAGCCCUUCAGUACCCGGGCUCUGGUGCUGUCUAUCAUGCACGCCACCUUGCCAGGCAUCUUCAUGCUGCUGCUCAUCUUCUUUGCCUUCCUCCACUGCUGGCUCAACGCCUUCGCAGAGAUGCUACGGUUUGGAGACAGAAUGUUCUAUCGGGACUGGUGGAAUUCAACGUCCUUCUCCAACUACUACCGCACUUGGAACGUGGUGGUCCAUGACUGGCUGUACAGCUACGUCUAUCAAGAUGGGCUGUGGCUUCUCGGUGGCCGGGCCCGAGGGGCAGCCAUGUUGGGUGUGUUCCUGGUUUCUGCAGUGGUCCAUGAGUACAUCUUCUGCUUUGUCCUGGGAUUCUUCUACCCGGUCAUGCUCAUGCUCUUCCUUGUCUUUGGAGGGCUGCUGAACUUCAUGAUGCAUGACCGGCACACAGGCCCAGCAUGGAAUGUGCUAAUGUGGACCUUGCUCUUUCUGGGCCAAGGCAUCCAAGUCAGCCUGUACUGCCAGGAAUGGUAUGCACGGCGACACUGCCCCCUACCCCAGACAACCUUCUGGGGGCUGGUGACACCUCGAUCUUGGUCCUGCCAUACCUAG